AAUUCUACUUUAGGUUGGUUUAGCUGUAGAUGACAUCAAAGAAGUACAAGAACAGGCUGUACUGAAAAGAUAUGCCAUGCAGGUGGAAUUGGCAUUGGAUGUGGAACAGUUGAUACCACAGUUUAUCCGGCGGCGUUUUAUUGUUAGAAAAGAGACAAUCAUGCCUAACUAUGUUUACGGAAAUCCUGUAACAAGACUGUAUUAUUACUUUGCUGGAUCUGGUGCCAUCUCAGCGCCCUCUAUUGCUAAGGCUUUGAACCCAGACAAGGAAACAGUAGAUGAAAUUCUGCAACAGCAAGAACAGAUGUCAACCACUAUCUCAAACAUUCGCAAUCGAAUGAAAGGAAUGCAGUAUCAGAAUGAUAAGAUAGAGAGUAUGCUGGCUGCUAUUAUUGCACAUAAUAAUGUUCCAUAUGAAGAAGAAGAUACUCAGUGGAUGUAAUAUUAUGUGAUAGAAACAAUUGCUACAACGUAUAGAACUAAGUUUUUAGAGAGCUGUGUAUGUGUGGUUGUACUCCGAUCACAUGUAUUGUGAGAUUUCAUGAUAGAAGGGUUGGUUUUUAUUUAUAUAAAACAGUUUUACUAAAAUAUUUCAUAAUACACUCUAGAAAGCAUUCAUACAGCUUUGCUGGAAUUAUGGAACUAUUAUGUGAAAUGUUUGAUAGAUGGAUGAAUAACAAGGAUUCUGCAUUUCUUCAGCCCGCAGUAAUUCAGAAUAGAAACUAAUCUUCAUGAUCGAUGUGUAGAAAAGCAAAACAAUCGUCAGUGUAUGGAUACACUGAAAAACAGUAUAAUUCCUACUAUCAAUCAUGUCACAUAAACAGUAUAAUUGCUACUAUCAAUCAUGUCACAUAAA